GAUGUGGGUGAAUGGUGUACUGAAAUUGCAUCGGGCUCCCACUAUAGAUCAAUUUAGAGUUUCUUUUGAUUUGGAUGUGGAUUAUAGACAUGAUCUUGAUCAUUGGGUCAAGUUUGCAUUCGAAAAGAGAGUACAAAGGCUUGAGCUGAGCUUUGAGCAUGUCAGUUCAAAUCCCUGCCCUUUUCCACCCUUCUACCGGACUCUUAGUUUUCCCAGGUGUAAUUCCCUCAGGGCCCUCAUUUUAAAAUUUCUGAAUGUAAUUGGAGAAGUUUUGGAGUACUUCAUAUGCAACUGCCCCUUUCUUGAACGACUGUGUGUGCAAAAUUCAGCUGCCCUUGUCAAUCUGAAAGUUCCCGGUCCAUUACUCCCCUUAAAGUACUUAGAGAUACGCCACUGCCACAAGCUACAAAACCUAGAGAUUUCUGCAAAAAAUCUUGUAUCUUUCGUAUACUCUGGGCCAAAAAUAACCAUGCCUUUUAGGUAUGUACCCAACCUCGUUGAAAUGUCUUUGGGGGGCACGUAUUGUGAAUAUUCAAUCUAUCAAUUCUGUGAGUUUUCAAGUUGUCUUUCGCGGCUAGAGACCCUUAUAUUGGAACUUCCGAGGAUCAAGAAGCUCAUUGAAUUGCCUACAUUAAGUAAUCUCAAGCAAUUAGAGUUGAUAGCUUUCGAUGCAAGUGAUAAUGAAAGCCUUCUUGGGUUGACUUCCCUGUUAAAAGCAGCUCCUAUCUUGUGCAGGUUAACACUGAAGUGGUACCAAUCCAAGGGUGGAAGAAAAGUACAAAAAGCUCCAAAGUGUCCCCAUCAUUGCCUCAAACUGGUGGAAUUCGUUGGAUUUACGGGGCAAAUAAUUGAUGUCGAGUAUGCCAUGUCAAGAUAGUGAUUUUCUCAUACUUGUCAGUGCAUCACAUCCACAACUUUGAUACUUUAAAAUAAAUUACCACUGAAAAGUAGGAUAUAGAAUCAUAGACCAAAUGUACAUAGAGAAAAUCACUAUCUUUCUCCCAUUGCAAAAUACAGGCUUCAAGAACAUUUUACUUCAAAGGAAAGCAACAUCCAGCCAAUCAAGCCAAUUGUAGAUAAUUACAAAUGUUACUUUGCAUAUCUAAUUUCAUCCUAGAUUCCACUUAAUUCUAAUGCAGAGAAUCAGUUCUUCCUCCCUUAAGAUAAGAUUAAUUGGUAUCCAUGUCUGCAUUA